AUGGCUCCCUCACCUCGCUCUUUGAAGCCAGCCCCCCCACCACCUCAACCUUCAUCGCCACCAACCCCCUCCUCACCCUCACCCUCACCAUCACCAUCAUCUUCACCAGAAGAAACUCUCAAAUCACCCUCUCUCUACUCCGACAUCUUCUACGACGCCUCCCACCACCUCCACGCCACCCCCUCCUCCCAAACCAUCGACUCCCUCGCCCCCAUCGAGACCUUCUUCCGCAAAAACCCGCGCUUUCUCUACUCCGCCGCCGCCCUCAAAGACCACCCCUACAACCCCCUCACGCCCGAAGUCGUCCUCCUCGGCGCUAGCAACGUCGGCAAAUCAUCCUUCCUCAACGCCCUCGUCUCCCGCUCCGGCACCGCGCGCGUCGGCCCCCGGCCCGGCAAAACCACCCUCAUGAACGCCUACGGCGUCGGCCCCGCGCCCAUCACGCCCAAAAAGGACCUAACACCAGGCACACACAAGCCCACGCAUCCUCUCAUUGUCAUGGACACGCCAGGCUACGGGUUCAAGAGUAAAGCUACAUGGGGCAAGUCUAUUGUCGAGUACCUUGCAUCGCGCAAGGCCUUGCGGGGCGCGAUUGUCCUGCUGUCCUCGGAGAAGAAGCUGCUCGAUACGGACCGCUGGAUCCUCAAGACGCUGGCAGAUACAAAUACGAGAACACUGGCUGUCCUGACAAAGGUGGACAAGGCAAAGGGCCGAUGGUCGGUCGUUGGGUCAGACAUGGCGCGGGCGCUGCAGGAGGAGCUGCGAGCGCUCGAGGUGCAGUCUGACUAUGAGUGGUCAGAGGGGUCGGGUUGGGUGCCAGAUGUGUAUCUAACAGCGGCGGGGAUGCGAGGCGCAUCGAAUACGCUGGGUAAUGGUGGUGGCAUGGGUGGUGUGAGAGCAGCGAUAUUGGAAAUGGCAGGUAUUGAUCUUGGUGUCAAGAGGGCAAAGACGCCAGAGGAGCCUCAAAAUAAGUCUUACGAAGGAAAGAUUGUAUCAUUUGAUGAUUUGCAGUGGAAGAAAUAG